AUGUCCUCCGCCGCCGUCUUGCGCACCUACGCCACCCUCCCCUCCCCAUCUACCUCCCUCCCCCCUCGCGUCCUCCUCUCGCACAACGCCUCCACGUUGGCCAUAUUCGACGCCUACCCUAAAGCCAAAUACCACUUUCUCGUCCUCCCCCGAUACCCCUUCCCAUCGAACAACGACCCGGAAUCGACCCGGUCCAUCUGCCGCCUGAGCGACCUGGACGAUCUCCGGAGUUUGUUGACGAAAACGACGAGGGAUGCGAGGGAACAGAUAGUGGGGCAGAUGGCGGAGAUGGCGAGGGAGGUGGAGGAGAUGAUUCGGGACGAGAUGGUCAAGAGUGAGGGGUGGGAGUGGAGGAUCGAUGUAGGGUUUCACGCGAUUCCGUCCUUGAAGCAUCUUCAUCUGCAUGUCAUUUCGGACGAUAGACUCUCGCCAGCGCUCAAGACGAAGAAGCAUUACAAUUCGUUCCGGCCCGACCUGGGGUUCUUUGUCUCAAUAGCGGAUGUGCAGCGAUGGAUACUGGACGACGACGACACGAUCAGGGAGAGGGCACUGCUAGGAACGCACUCACUCCUCGCCUCUCCCCUCACCUGCUUCAAAUGCGACGAGCCACACCAUAAUGUCCCGAAACUGAAGAGUCACCUUGAGAAGGAGUUUCAGGAGGAAGGGCGGAAGGCGUUGGCCAGGAUAAAGAAGACGGGGCGGCAGCGGACCAGUAGUGAAGAGGAUAUGUUUUGA